CAGUCAAAUACCCAGCCGUCUCCCACCCCACCAGGAAGAGAGGGAUUUAAACCUGUGAGGAACGGAAAGGAGGGGGGUAAAAAUAGCAAAUAAAAAGGCAGGAAAGGUGGGGAAACACUUAGCUAGAGGGUUAAACUGUAUGAGACAUGACAACCAGGGAGUGGGGGGUGCGCGUUUAAAAUGCUGCCUGAACGUGACCGGCGGACUGGAUAAGGCGCCGGGCGUUUUGCAAACUUAUCUAGUUAGUAGUCCGGCUAACUAGCCUAGCCGCGGGCGUGCUGGAGCCUGCCAGAUAGAUCGGGAAGCAGCCGACCGGGGUGUACAGCGGGCCCGCCGCGUCUGUCGCCAGAAAGGCGGCGUCAAAGUGCCGCGCUCGCCUCCAGCAGCGUUUUAUAUUCAUAGUUUUACCGAGGCUGUGUGGGUAUCCGCGCCGCUCGCCGGAGUGGUUUGCGCGACUGCGACGCGUCCAACCUCUCGGAGGAAAGUUGACACCCGAGUUUCUGUUUUUAAUUUUAAUUAUUAUUUUAAUUUUAAAUCCUGCGGACGGCCAGCCUGUCUGAGCCCGGAGUUCACCCCCCCCCCGGAGCGCCGGCACCUCCCCGGACGCACGACGCGAAGCGGCCGCUUUGGGAAAAGUCGCCUGAAGUUUGCUGGCCGGCCGGGAGGGCGCCGCGACCGCUCGGUUACUAGCGGUUGACCCGUAAUUAGCAAACAGUUUAAUCCGGGUUCCCUUUUUUAUUUUCGUGCUUUACCCGGCACUGCUACUCGGAGGCUUUCCAUCUGACUGCUACAUACUUAUUUUGAAAAAUUUCAAGAGAAUUUUUUUUUGGGCUUCUUGCAUCGGCGGCACCCAGUCUCCGCCGCCUCAUGGGGCUCUUUUCCUAACUGAGAGCCAUGGGAGGAUGCGUCGGACGGCAGCGUGGCGACACGCCGGCCCGGGGUUCGUCCAGGAGCGGCGGACGGAAUCGUCGGAAACGCGGAGGCCGCAAUGAGCCCCUGAAGAAGGACAAGCCCAAGUGGAAGAGCGACUACCCCAUGACGGAGGGCCAACUGCGCAGCAAGCGUGACGAGUUCUGGGACACGGCGCCAGCCUUCGAGGGCCGCAAGGAGAUCUGGGACGCGCUGAAGGCUGCAGCGGUGGCCAUCGAGUGCAACGACCACGAGCUCGCCCAGGCCAUCGUGGACGGGGCCAGCAUCACUCUGCCCCACGGCUCUCUGACGGAGUGCUAUGACGAGCUGGGCAACCGCUACCAGCUGCCAGUCUACUGCCUGGCCCCGCCUGUCAACCUGGUGUCGGAGCGCAGUGAGGAGGAUGUGUCGGAGAACCCCGAGCCGCAGACUGCACCCAAGAAGGAGUUCCAGCUGAAGGUGCGUCUCUCCACCGGCCGGGACCUGAGGCUCAGCGCCAGCAUGGCGGACUCCAUCGGCCAGCUCAAGAAGCAGCUGCAGGUCCAGGAGGACAUUGACGCCACUCACCAGCGUUGGUUCUUCUCGGGGAAGCUGCUGACUGACAAGACGCGACUGCAGGACACCAAGAUCCAGAAGGAUUUCGUCAUCCAGGUCAUCGUCAACCAGCCGACCAUUCCUAACUGAGGCCGGGGACUCCCUCUGCGAUCAUCUCUCCUAACAUCUGAGCUAUUAAACUGAGAAGAUCUCGAUCGGUGGUCCUGUCUCAUACCCACCCUUGUGUUUUUAUUCCUGUCGCCUUCCCUGCUCCAUCGAGCUGAACUUCCAAAGAGUCUGCUGGUCUUUGAUAGCCUGUGAAAGUUUUGUUCUGACUUGGUUGCUGUUUAAUAGACUGGUUGAUACCAGGAAAAAACUGAAGGUCUGGACAGGGUAGUGCACUGUUGAAGGGUGCUUGGGCAGUCCAUGGGGAGAUCUUCCCAUACUGCUCUGCAUCUGCACUGUGGAGCCACCCACCAUCUCGGACCCGAAUGUCCCAGUGAACGUUGUCCUGGCCGAACCGCACCUCAAUCCCGCUGCAAAUGUGACUUGACACUUCUGAGUGGCAAGCUCCUUUUACUCACUUAAUAUGGUAGCUGUGUGCCUUUUUUUGAGGAUUUAAAAAUACACUAGUGUUACCGCUAAGCCAAGCCGCGGUCUGUCAUUUCAACAUUCAGGAGAUGGGUUCAUGCAUUUCUGUAGUUGCUGUUAAGCAACCUUUUGAUUCUGCAACCAAUGAUACUGGGUCCUAAGUAGGUAUCAAUCCUGUGGUCUGCCCCAGUGCUGUAGGCCUUAACUUUACUUAGGAUCUGUAAGGAUAAUGGGGCCUCUCGGACAAUUACCCCAACUAGGGAGCUGGGUACAGCACUUGCUAAUAGUCCUUGAUAAGAGUUGUUAAAGUCAUACUUGAACACAUUUCAACAUCACUAUGGUCUUUUAAUGUAGGUGAGGUGUUGUAAAUAUCUAACGGAAGGUCAGUUUAAUCUGAUCGUACUCUGUCUUGCCUGGGUCCCUCUGUCUGGCAGGAGAGUGACUCAUAUGGUACCCGCUACUCGGACCAGGCCUUGUGACUCCCCUGGUGUUCUCUUGAUGCUUUCAGACGAUUGGGCCGGAUAUGGCGGAGAUCGGGUGCUCGAUGGAGCUGGUUGUUCUGGGAGACUUCCUGAGCGAGCUGAGUACUCUCCGCACACGCUGUCCUUUUCGGGCCGGGCUCGCGGCAGCUCGGGUAUGCCGACGGGCUUGGAUUUCUCAAGCCGAGGCUCUGAGAAACCGCAUGUCGAGCGGACAUGCCGUUUCACAAAACCUGAGGCGGGGGCGGUGGCGGGGGGAGGGUUCCCUCUGCCGUGUGGAGCAGUGCCCGGAUCUUUGCGACAUUAUGAAAAUGUCAGAGGGGAAAAGUGUCCUGAAUGUGCAUGCCGUCGUACAUCCCAGGGCACAGUGAAAGUCUUAAAUGACCUCCUAAAUAUGACAAGUCUCGGCGCCCAAUUAGGGUUUUAGCACACUUUUAUAGCUGUAGUGAGCGUAUGGCACAAAACCGCAUAGUUUGCAUCGUUUUCCAAAGACUUUCCUUUCAUUAAAUGCAGUGAAUUCUGAUGCAGGACUUUUUCGUAUUUAAAAAAUAAAAUUAAAAAUAAAAAAAAAAAACUUGUAGAGUUAAUGUAAUCUGCACAGGGACUGCUCCUGGAGUAUGCAAACCCCACGUCCUGGGGUUCAAUAAUAAUAGUGCAAUAUAGUUUAGUCCAUAUGCAGUUGCUAACUUGCUGAGAUUUUUGACUGUGUGUCCAGUUGGGGUUGGGCGCUAAAGCCAUACUUAAAGUACACUGGCAAAGAAAGACACAGGCAGUCUGGUUUGAUGUGUUUCCUCAAUGUUUUUGGAUCCGUUACUAAAAAAAAAAAAAAAAAACUGGUAAAUGCUGACAAUCUUAUUUUGUUGGUUCUAAAGCAGUUUGUGGAACAAAUCAGUUAAUCAACCUUCAAGUAGAAGUAAACGAACGGGCAUGCAAGUUGUUUCCAGACAGUAUGUGAGAGGCAGGGGAGACUGUUUUCAGCCUGCCAGGUCCUGAUCCUCCUGGGUGGCUUGAUUUUUUUUUUUUUGAUGAUCUAAGGUAUUUCUCACAGGUACUAACGUGAGGGAUUAGUGUAUCACUGCCAACAUUCAGGAGAUACUAUCACAGAAUUCCCAUCCAUGAGCCUGUCCAGGUUUUCAGGUGAUGAGAUGGCAAGUUUCUCCCAACCGAAACCUGUCGGUCUGUUCUAAUUUUGUUUCUCUAUGGAAAUUUUGUGAUUUGACUAUUUGUGUGUGUGUGUGUGUGUGUGUGUGUCAUCUGAAGUACGUUUUGUGUUGGGGAAACUUGACUGUUUGUGUGAUGGUGUCUAUCGCUCGCAUAGGGCAGGUGUGUGUGCUCACAAACACUGUGAAAGCAGGUACUCUCAAUAAAUAAAAGCCACGGAUUACUGUCUCUCUGUCUGGGGAUCUGCUCCACAGACCUUACAAAUCAAGAAGCCAUCCAGUAAUGUCUAGUUUUGGGUGUAUAUCAAUGAUACCCCUAGUUCGUAUUAAAAGAUGCAAGCAUUCAAGUGUUAUGUCCAAAAGGAUGUAAAUGUAUAGAAAUCUGUAUAUUUAGUCAUUUGGAAAUGUAUGUGAUUAUAAAAUACCAUAGGAUUCCAGAUAAUUUAAUAUGCCCAACUUAUUGUACGAGUGUACAUUUAUAAGCUGAUUUUCUUUUCAUUCUUGUUUUUUAAGCUGUCAAUUAAAAUUGUGAUCUGUUUUUGA